UCCUUUUCUAAAUAAUUUUUGUGCUGUGUACACGUGUUCUCCACAAUGGCACCCGUCGUAAAAGCUAAAAAGGUAGCCAAAUCGGCCAAAAAGGGCAAGAAGCAUCCCUUGAACUCAUACCUGAAGGGCGGUAUCCUGCGUUACUCAAAAGCCCAGAUGUACAAGCGCCGUGCGCUGUACCGCCUGAAGGGUAAGAAGAGUCCCGUUGUCCAGAAGGAGAAGGUGCCCAUCAAGAAGGUUAAGAAGAUCGGUGGCCCCAAGAACGGUGGUGAGCGUACCGUCUAUCUGCGCAAGCCCAAGGCCAACUAUCCAACCAAGACGUUCGUCAAGAAGCGUCCCGGCAAGGCCAACUUCAGUGAGCACAAGCGCAACACUCGCCGCAACCUGCAGCCCGGCACCAUCCUCAUUCUGUUGGCUGGCCGUCACCAGGGUAAGCGCGUUGUCUUGCUGAAGACUCUGGCCUCCGGCCUAUUGCUGGUCACUGGUCCCUUCGCCAUCAACUCGUGCCCACUGCGUCGUGUGUCGCAACGCUACGUCAUUGGCACCUCAACGCGUGUGGACUUGAGCACCUAUAAGGUGCCAGAGCAUUUGAAUGACGCCUACUUCCGUCGCCUGAAGGCCAAGAAGCAGAAGAAGACCGGCGAGGCCGACAUCUUCGCAGCCAAGAAGGAACGCUUUGUGCCCAACGAGCAGCGCAAGAAGGACCAAAAGGAGGUCGACAGCGCCCUGUUGAAGCUCAUCAAGGCCCAUCCGGAGGGCAAAUACUUCACGAAGUACUUGCAGAACAUGUUCGCUCUGCACUCGUCCCAAUACCCACAUCGUCUGCGCUUCUAAGCAACGCGUUGCCCAAGAAAAACUUCACUUUAAGGACUUUUUAAAUACUUUGUACAAGCCCCGCUGAUUACAAACAAUUUUGUAAAAAGAAAAUAAAAAUUACAGAACCGGAACUCAGUGUCGAGGUAUGAG